AAUCAGCAGCGCCCAACACAUCGCACUUCGCCAUCACAUACAACAACAAUUGCAUCCGCAAUUCGGCUUGGGAAAGACGCCAACGGCAGCAUGAGCGCGUGGCAAGGCAGUGAGGAUGGAGAGGAGAAGGAAUGCAAACUGCUGAGCGGCGAUUUCGCCGUGCUGUUGCAAGUGCUGCUGGGAUUCAUUGCCAUCUCCGUGCUGGCGUUUAAGCGAUGGCGUGAAGUGCCUCGACGUCCGCUGAUGGUAAAACUUUUGUCACGGCUGAGGUGGCAAAAAGUGGCAAACUGUGGCUAAAGAUUUUUUUUUUUGUUUACUUGAUUGACUUUUGGCAAAAAAAAAAAAAUUAUAGGUGUGGGCUUUCGAUGCCUCGAAGCAAAUGGUUGGUGCCACGUUUGCGCAUGUGGCAAACCUGCUCAUUGCCAUCGUGCUCUACUCGUAUCAAGAGGAACUCGAGUCCGACGAAGAACCAGUUGACCAGUGUGCGCUGUAUUUUGUGAAUUUCACUUUGGAUACAACGUUGGGAGUAUUCCUCAACUAUGUGUUGCUAUCGGCGGUGGUGCUUUUGGCACUUCGUUUCAGUUGGUCUUCACUGAAAACUCCCGGUGACUAUGGCACUCCCGUUCGCGUGCGAACAUGGAUAUUGCAAGUGAUUUCGUGGAUUAUUGUCAUUUUCACCUGCAAAUUUCUCAUUGCGGUGCUUAUCGUGGCGUUCCAAAAGCCGUUGGGAGCUUUUGCGGUGCUGCUUUUCAAACCUUUGGAGGAAUACCCUGACGUGGAACUGGCAAUCGUCAUGAUCGCAUGUCCGUGUCUGAUGAACGCGUUGCAGUUCUGGGUCCAGGACAAUUUCCUCAAAAAGGAUGUUCGCGACGAAAGCUUCAUCGUGGCACAAGCGGCCCAAUCUCCAACUGGCAGCUUGAACGGCGAUGGCAAACUGCCCAGCUUAGGCACACCUACAGACGACGAGUGCAGUGAACCUGGCGAAGGAGACCCCAAACUUACAAUUGCCACUGGCAACACACAAGAACCAGGCGAAAAGGAAAAGAAACUCGAACUCGACCUCUCAUCCAUUUAAUUCCCCAAAAGUGUAUGUACUUAGACCAAAAUUUGCCUUUGCAACUUGCAAACGAAGCAUCUUUCCAUUGAUAAAGCCAAAAUCGUGACGUUCUAUACGCAA